GCAGGCUGUCAUGCCCUAUUGAUCCCCCCGCCCCCCGCCAAGUAUGUUUGGGCUGGACCAAUUCGAGCCCCAGAUCAACAGCAGGAACGCUGGCCAGGGCGAGAGGAACUUUAACGAGGCCGGACUAAGCAUGAACGCCCACUUUAAGGCCCCGGCUUUCCACGCGGGGGGACCCCCUGGCCCCGUGGACCCUGCCAUGAGCGGGCUGGGCGAACCCCCGAUCUUGGGCAUGAACAUGGAGCCUUACGGCUUUCACGCGCGCAGCCACUCGGAGUUGCACGCGGGGGGGCUGCAGGCGCAGCCGGUGCACGGAUUCUUUGGAGGCCAACAGCCGCACCACGGCCACUCGGGAGGCCACCACCCCCACCAGCAUCACCCCCACUUUGGGGGCAACUUUGGCGGGCCGGAUCCAGGGGCCUCGUGCCUGCACGGGGGUCGCCUGCUCGGCUACGGCGGCGCUGCCGGCGGCUUGGGCAGCCAGCCGCCCUUCGCCGAGGGUUACGAUCAUAUGGCUGAGAGCCAGGGGCCGGAGAGCUUCGGCCCGCAGCGACCCGGGAACCUGCCGGACUUCCACAGUUCGGGCGCCUCGGGCCAUGCCGUGCCUGCCCCAUGCUUGCCGCUGGACCAGAGCCCUAACCGAGCCGCCUCCUUCCACGGCCUGCCCGCCUCCGGUGGCUCCGAUUCCCACAGUCUGGAGCCCCGGAGGGUGGCGAACCAAGGAGCCGUCGACUCGCUGGAAUACAAUUACCCGGGCGAGCCGCCCUCGGGACAUUUCGACAUGUUUUCUCCCUCUGAUUCCGAGGGGCAGCUGCCUCAUUAUGCAGCGGGUCGUCAGGUUCCCGGGGGCUCUUUCCCGGGUGCCUCGGCCAUGCCCAGGGCUGCAGGCAUGGUGGGCUUGUCGAAAAUGCACGCGCAGCAGCAGCAGCAGCAGCAGCAGCAGCACGGCGUGUUCUUCGAGAGGUUCGGCGGGACCCGCAAGAUGCCCGUGGGGCUGGAGCCUGGGGUCGGCUCCAGGCACCCGUUGAUGCAGCCUCCCCAGCAGGCCCCGCCGCCCCCGCAGCAGCCGCCCCCGCCGCAGGCCCCGCCGCCUCCGCAGCAGCCGCCCCCGCAGCAGCCGCCGCCGCCACCGCCUGGGCUUCUGGUCCGACAAAAUUCGUGUCCGCCCGCGCUCCCGCGUCCCCAGCAGGGCGAGGCGGGCACGCCCAGCAGCGGCCUGCAGGACGGGGGGCCCAUGCUGCCCAACCAACACGCGCAGUUCGAGUACCCCAUCCACCGGCUGGAGAACCGGAGCAUGCACCCUUAUUCCGAGCCUGUAUUCAACAUGCAGCAGGCGCCCAACCAGCGGCUGCAGCAUUUCGACGCACCCCCCUACAUGAACGUGGCCAAGAGGCCGCGUUUUGACUUCCCGGCCAGCGCGGGAGUGGAUCGCUGCGCUUCGUGGAACGGCAGCAUGCACAAUGGCGCUCUGGACAACCACCUCUCGCCCUCUGCCUAUUCCGGCCUGCCCGGCGAGUUCACGCCGCCUGUGCCCGACAGCUUCCCCUCGGGGCCCCCUCUGCAGCAUCCGGCCCCGGACCACCCGUCCCUACAGCAGCAGCAGCAGCAGCAGCAACGCCAAAACGCGGCCCUCAUGAUCAAGCAGAUGGCGUCGCGGAAUCAGCAGCAGCGGCUGCGCCAGCCCAACCUGGCCCAGCUAGGCCACCCCGGGGACGUGGGCCAGGGCGGCCUGGUGCACAGCGGCCCAGUGGGCGGCUUGGCCCAGCCGAACUUUGAGCGCGACAGCGGCGGCGCGGGCGCCGGGCGCCUGGGCACGUUCGAGCCGCAGGCGCAGCACUUGGCGCAGGAGAGCGCGUGGUUCCCAGGUCCGCAUCCGCCGCCGGGUGACCUGCUGCCCCGCAGGAUGGGAGGUUCAGGCUUGCCCUCCGACUGCGGCCCGCACGACCCAGGACUGGCGCCGCCCCCUCCGCCCGGUGGCUCGGGGGUGCUGUUUAGGAGCUCUCUGCAGGAGCCGCUGAGGAUGCCUGGAGAGGGCCACGUGCCCGGGCUGCCCUCCCCUGGCCUGCAGUUCGGGGGCAGCCUGGCCAGCCUGGGCCAGCUGCAGUCGCCCGGGGCUGGGGUCGGGCUGCCCAGCGCUCCCUCCGAGCGCCGGCCCCAGCCACCUGAUUUCACGGCGCCCGCGCUCGGGGGCCAGCCUGGCUUCCCGUUCGGCGCAGCGAACCGGCAGGCCACGCCGCACAGCGGCCCAGGCGUGAACUCUCCCCCGAGCACGGGCGGGGGCGGCGGCAGCACGGGCGGUGGCGGCGGUGGCGGCGGCGGCGGCGGCGGGAGCGCAUACCCGCCGCAGCCUGACUUUCAGCCCAGCCAGCGAACCUCGGCCAGUAAGCUGGGCGCGCUCUCGCUGGGCUCCUUCAACAAGCCCAGCUCCAAGGACAACCUGUUCGGCCAGAGUUGCCUGGCUGCGCUCUCCACCGCCUGCCAGAACAUGAUCGCCAGCCUCGGGGCCCCCAACCUCAACGUGACCUUCAACAAGAAGAACCCGCCCGAGGGCAAGAGGAAACUGAGCCAGAACGAGACCGACGGCGCGGCCGUGGCCGGCAACCCGGGCUCGGAUUACUUCCCAGGAGGGACUGCUCCUGGGGCUCCAGGGCCCGGAGGCCCGUCGGGGACCAGUAGCAGCGGCUCUAAAGCCUCUGGGCCGCCCAAUCCGCCCGCCCAGGGGGACGGCACUAGCCUCUCCCCCAACUACACCCUGGAAUCGACGUCGGGGAACGACGGCAAGCCGGUCCCCGGGGGCGGCGGCCGGGGACGGGGGCGCAGAAAAAGGGACAGUGGUCACGUGAGCCCCGGGACCUUCUUCGACAAGUACUCGGCGGCGGCGGCGCCGGACAGCGGGGGCGCGUCUGGUGUGAGCCCAGGGCAGCAGCAGGCGCCGGGCGCAGCCGUCGGGGGAAACUCGGGAGAGGCGCGCGGGGCGCCUACGCCUCACGAGAAAGCGCUCACGUCGCCGUCGUGGGGGAAGGGGGCCGAGCUGCUCCUGGGGGACCAGCCAGACCUCAUGGCGUCCCUGGACGGCGGGGCCAAGUCGGACGGUAGUUCCCCGCACGUGGGCGAGUUCGCCUCAGACGAGGUGAGCACUAGUUACGCCAACGAGGACGAGGUGUCUUCCAGCUCCGACAACCCCCCAGCCCUGGCCAAAGCGAGUAGGAGCCCUCUGGUGACAGGCUCGCCCAAACUCCCUCCCCGUGGGGUGGGCGCCGGGGAGCACGGACCGAAGGCACCCCCGCCCCCGCUUGGCCUGGGCAUCUUGUCUACCUCUACCUCGACCCCUGACAGCUAUGGCGGAGGGGGCACGGGCCAUCCCGGCACGCCGGGCCUGGAGCAGGUUCGGACCCCGACGAGCAGCGGCGGUGCCCCGCCACCUGACGAGAUCCACCCCCUGGAGAUCCUCCAGGCACAGAUCCAGCUGCAGAGGCAGCAGUUCAGCAUCUCUGAGGACCAGCCCCUGGGGCUCAAGGGUGGCAAGAAGGGUGAGUGUGCCGUCGGGGCCUCGGGCGCGCAGAAUGGCGACAGCGAGCUGGGCAGCUGCUGCUCCGAGGCGGUCAAGAGCGCCAUGAGCACCAUUGAUCUGGACUCGCUGAUGGCGGAGCACAGCGCCACCUGGUACAUGCCGGCGGACAAGUCUUUGGGGGACGGCACAGACGAGGACAAGACGCUGGCGCCCUGGGAGAAGGCCAGACCCCAGAAUCCCAGCAGCAAAGAAGCCCACGACCUUCCUGCGAACAAGGCCUCGGCACCCCAGCCCGGCAGCCACUUGCAGUGCCUGUCUGUCCACUGCACAGACGAUGUGGGUGAUGCCAAGGCCCGAGCCUCUGUGCCCACCUGGCGGUCCCUGCACUCCGACAUUUCCAACAGAUUCGGGACAUUCGUGGCCGCCCUGACUUGAAGUGACAAGAAAUGCCCCCUCCCCUACCAGGCCCUCCCCUCCCCGCUUUCUCUUUCCUCUUCCCCCUUCACCUGACCCCACCCUACUGACCCCACCACGUGAAUUCGAAAGGGCCACUAGUGCUGAGUGGGUGAUUUUUUUUUUUCCUAGGUUGGUACCUGCUUAGUGGCAUAUGGACCCGAAGGGGUUAAUUUAAAGGGGAAAAAAAAAAAAACCUGAAAAAAUUUUUUUAAAAAAAGAAACUUGUCCGCCACGGUAUGUUACCAGUGUUAACCCUUCUGCAGUUAGCAAACUUUUGCUGAAGCAUUUUUUUCCUGCUAGAUAAUUCCCAUUUUCUUUUCUGUAAUCUUGGCAUACGUUUUUUUAGAUGACCUCUUUCCUUGUUUUAUUUUCAUGCUGCUGUAUGUCCAAGUAUUGUUAUUUCAUAAUAAGACAAGAGUUGCUUUCCUUUUUAAUUCUCUUUUAGUCUUGUACCUCCCCACUUCCCUUUUUUUUUUCUUUUUCCUUUUGCUUUGUUCACUGCUUAUUAAAAUGAAAAUCCUGGAGAAUAGUAGUUCUGGAAUAUUGCCGGGUGAGAGUCAAAUUGUCAUCACAAUAUUAUAUAUUGACACCCAACUGUCAUCAGUCAGGCAGGAGCCAAACAAUUAAUGCCCCCCUUAGGUAUUCCGCCUGAGAUUUUGUUUUGUCUGUUCCCUAAGAAAAUAGACAUAUAUAUUUUCGUUCCUACAAACACACGCUCAGCCUUCAGCUCCCUUCUCUCUUCUGCUGGGAGCUGCCUUUCACUGCGAUGGAGGUGAUGACGUGUCCAGCCUGCUUCUGUGGGAAGUAGUUGGAAUAUUCGACUGUGGUGUUUUCUCUCCUUUUCUGGGCCUCUGCACCAACGCUCAGGCUCUGAAUUUUCAUGCUGUGCGGAGCAUCCCUGGUGGCAGGCUCCCGCCCUGCUCUGGGCCAGGUCGGCUGGGUCUCGGGUGUUGGAGCUGAAGGGUCAGGUCUCAGCCUUGACCUUUCCUGACGUCUGUUGCCAACCAGGCACUGGGGCAAGAAGGAGUGGUUUCUCGGUUAUCCCCCACUUCUCCCCUUUCUGGGCUGCCCCCCAUCCCUGGGAGGGACCAGCACUUUUUGGAGGAGCUCGUUGAGUAAAGGAGCCCCCAGGCUCUCUCGGCCAAGCCCCCUUUCCUCCUCCCAGCCUCUUCUUUGGAGGAGUUUGCAGACUCCCGAGGACUAGAGGGGAGAGAAAGGGACUGCAACUAGUGACUUUGAUUCUUGGGCGUUUUUCUUGUUUUUAAAACCCCAGAAUCCCCCCCUCUCCGCUUUUGGCGUAAUCUCAGCCUGCUGCAAAACCAGAGCCACGUCCUGAGCAUCUCCUGAAGGAAUGACUUAUUUGAGCAGAGGUGAAGGAGCGGCUGGGUGAGCAGGGACCCAGCUGAGGCCUCUUACCUGGCGCUCCCAGAGCAGCAGUCAGCGGAGGCUCAGCGCGGGCAGGGGAGGCUUUCUUUGGGUGCUGCUGAUGACCGCGAAGGGCUUGUGUGAUUCAUGGGGGUGGUGGGGGUGGCCCAGAUUCCAGGGUGGGCCAGACAAGGAGUGACUGAUACCACGUCACCCAAAUCCGUAACUCUUCUGCUCGAUUUCAAUUUCUGAGCAUCUUACUAAAUGCUCCAUUUUGAGCCUCACGCCCCCUCCAUCCUUCCCCCCACCCCCGCCCCAUGUUCCCAGAGUUUACAGACCCGGCUUUUUUUUUUUAAGCAAGUGACCUGAAGGCUUUGAGCUCACCAUACAACACCCACAUUGUUUAUUUCAAAGAACUUUUUAGCAAAAGGAGAAGAGCAUCCAGAAAAAUCUGGCUCUUUCCACUUCCCCCUCCUCAUCUUUCCUCCUGCCGGCCCUUUUGGCUCGGGGUCUGAGUCUGGACCGUCCAGAGUUCCUGCAUGGGCAGUUUGACCUGGGUUGACCCUGGCCCCUGCAGAAGGCAGGCAGAAGAAGGUGGUGUGGACUGAUCAGAGAGAAGAAGGUGGGGGCUUAUCCAGUCCCGGGUUCUGCCAGGAAAGGAGAGAAAGGGGGAGGGAAUGUCCCCUCCUGCAAUGGACUGCAGGAGGGCCAGCCAUAGUCUGAGCGAAACUCCACGCCCCCUCUGAUUCUGAAAUGGACAGCUGUUUGAGAGCUUCACCCUUUUAUUUCUUAAACAGGAAUGAUUUCUCCUUAAUUGCUUAAGGCCGGGGAGCCAAGUGUCUUGACUUCUGUCUUUGACCUUCCCUGCGUUGAGGCCGUCAGCACACGGCCAUCAGCUCGUGGUCCUUGCAACUUCGGAAACCCCUGAAGUUUUCAACUUUCUCGCUCCCCACGACCCCAGAAUGGAACAGCUUUAAAAAUAGCCUUAAGCAAAAGGAUGUUAUUUCACUAGAUUUGGUUUAAUGGAAAGAAUAAAAGCAAAUUAAAAACACACCCAACCCAUGAGACUCCACAAACACUGGUAAUCGGUACUGCAUAGCAAAACUCUUCGGGAAAGAAUAUGAAAACGUUAUUGCACAUGUAAAAUAUGGAAACUUAACUCUGCUGUGUGUUAGGCAAUCCUGUAAUCUUUUUUGACUCUUAAAAGAAAUUCAUUUCUGAAAUGCUUGGUUGGAAGACUGUGACAAUAGCUCAUGAAAUUGAGUGUUAUUUUUUUCUUUCUUUUUUAAAAAAAUAUGUAAAGUGCAGUCUUCUGUAUUCAUGCAUAUUGUAUAUACCUGUAUAUGUUUUCCUGAGCAGCUAAAUAACAAUAAAUAUGACGUUAAUGGUGA